AUAGGGCGUACACAGUGCCUUGCUGUAUUGCAUGUGAAGCCGUUGAGUCUCUCUCUCCAAUGACCAAAACCAACUGGCAGUUUUGAUUCAUUUGCGAGUAGUGAGGAAAAUAAGGUGGUGAGUGAAAGAUAAAAAGAGUAAGAAAUUAAGACAAAAGCGGUGUUAGGAUUUGGGUAGGAUUCUCUCUCUCUCUCUCUCUCUCUCGCUCUCAAUCAACAAGAGAAGAAGAGGAAACCUCAUUUCAGAUAAAAGAAAGAAACCCCAUUUGAAAUCUCAAUCUGAAGAAUGCUAAGAGUGGAAGAAGAAGAAGAAGAAGAGGCAGAAUUUCCAUUGGAAUGUAGUAGUGGGUCUGAGUCUGGUUGGACUAUGUACUUAGAAAACCAGUCCUUUGGAAGAAAACCCACCUCCCUUUCUUUCAAACAAGCUGGUUUGCCACACAAAAAUGAUGGGAUUUUUGAAGAAGAGGAGGAGGAGGAGGAGGAUUUAUCUAUGGUAUCUGAUGCUUCAUCUGGCCCACCACAUUUCCAUGAUGAUGAUGAUUGCUUUGAUGAAAAUGGGUGCUUUUGUUCUGCCUCUUAUUCUCCUUCAGCUGCAUUGGUGAAAAAGAAUAGCAAAAGGGAAAGGGUUGAAGGAGAAAAACAACAACAACACCCUUCUUUAUUGGAUGAUACUGCCAGCUCUCAUGUCUUCAGCUUCUCCAAGAAAAAUGUCACCAACAACAAGCAAACAUCGAUGGAGGAUGUUUUGGAUUUAUCAAUAGGCUUCUCUGCAACACAUUUCAAGGCAAAAUCUACAUUGCAGAAGCAAUAUGGGUUUCUACAGACACCAUCCAAAACCAGACUGCAGGGAAGAAGGGAAGAAUGAGAUAUUUUGACAUUUUUCCUCUUCUUCUUCAACAAAAUCCUAUGUUUUUUUUUUUUUUUGUCAGAUGGAGAUGACUGUAUCAUUUGGAAGUCCAGAGAUCUCCAAGGGAUCUUGGGCCUUUUUUUCUCUGUCAAUGCAAUGGGAAACAACCAAUCUGAGCAGAAAAGGAGAAGAAGAAGAAAUAAAAUAAAAUA